CCACACCAUUUCUCAAUCAAAACACAAACCUACAAAUUUACUAUUACUCUCUCUCUUUUUCCCUUUUCAUGGCCGCCUCUGAUCUCUCCGUCAUCCUUCCUCGCGUUCUCGUCGUCUCCCGCCGCUGCGUUCGCAAGAACAAAUUCGUCGAUUUCGUCGGCGAGUACCAUCUCGAUCUCAUCGUCGGCUAUGGCGCCGUGCCGGUGAUCGUUCCCCGUGUCGCCGGCGUGCACAUGCUGCUGGACAGUUUCGAGCCGAUCCAUGGAGUUCUCCUCUGCGAAGGGGAAGACAUCGAUCCCUCUCUGUACGAGACCGACACCACCGGCCUCUCCCCGGAGGAACUCGAGGAGAUCAGGAGGCUCCACGCCAGCGACACCGCCAUUGAUAAAGAGAAAGACACAAUCGAGUUGCGAUUGGCCAAGCUCUGCCUCGAGAGGAACAUUCCCUAUCUAGGGAUUUGCAGAGGAUCGCAGGUUCUCAAUGUCGCCUGUGGAGGCACGCUUUAUCAGGACAUUGACAGAGAGAUUUGGAAGAAGACUCUGGAAGGGGAAAAAGUUGUUCAUAUUGAUUACGAUAAUUACGACGGCCAUAGGCAUAGGGUGAAUGUGGUGGAGAAUACGCCAUUGCACAACUGGUUCAGAGACUCUUUGGAAGACGAUAAGAUGGAGAUUCGGGUAAAUAGUUAUCAUCAUCAGGGAGUUAAGGUAUUGGCUCAGAGAUUCGUGCCCAUGGCUUUUGCUCCUGAUGGGCUGAUUGAAGGGUUUUAUGAUCCUGAUGCUUACAAUCCCGAAGAGGGCAAGUUCAUUAUGGGACUUCAGUUUCAUCCUGAAAGAAUGAGACGCCCAGAUUCUGAUGAAUUUGAUUAUCCCGGAUGCCCCGCUGCUUAUCAGCAAUUUGUGAAGGCAGUGGUCGCAUACCAAAAGAAGCUAAACAGCAGCACAUUAUCAGUACCCAAAAUGGCUUUAAAGCUGAACAAUGAGAUGGAGAAGAAAAGGAAGAUCAUAGUCCGAAGCUUCUCCCUUGCCAAGAACUUAUACACAACCGGCCGAGAUGCACAGCCAGAGAAGGAGCCCGAGCUCGAAGCCGGAGCAGAGUUCCUCGAGUCAAACACUGCUCUGAGCGUGCAACAGGAGAACAGGCUGAAGCAGAUGGGUGCAACAAUCAGAAAUGGGAGUUCCUACAUAGAGAAACUGAAGCUAAAUGAACAGAGAGAAAGAACAGCAAGGAAUGUGAUGGGGAAGAUGACAAUAGAGCAGUUAUCUGAUCUCAUGUCUUUCUACCAUAUGAUGGGUCAAAUUUGCUCAGAAGUUUUGGAGAGAAAGUUGAAUGAUGUUGUCAAAUAAAGCAGCCUCACAGAUAACUCUGGAGUCUGGCCCUAUUUUCAUCCCUUCAACUGUCAUUUUCUGUGUUAUCUUUUGUUGUUGGGCUCACGUGAAUCUCAUAGAUGGGAAACACCCACAGAUUUAUGUCUCUGUCAAAAUUAUUUUCUCUCUCUACAAAAAGGUAAUGGGGGAGGUGAUUAAAUUGUGUGCCUCUCUCUCACCUUUUUACUGGGUUGGAAAAAUCAUGGUGUGAAUCAAUUGGAAGUGUAUAGUUGGGGAAAUCAUGUUUUACUUCUAUGCUUUUUAUUGGGGUUUCGGCCUGAAAGGUAGUCCAUCUCCUCAUUUUUAUGUUUAUGUUCGUCCUACUCCUCCGUUAACAUACUUAAAAUUGUUACUCUC